AUGGACACUCUAUCCACAGUACCAAUUGAGAUACGUCGUUUCGCCGACUACGUUGACAAUCACCUCGAGAAUGUCGCAAACAAUAUCCGUGAAGCCCUCUCGUCCUCGCAAUGGCUUCCCGAGUCUGCACGUCCGAGCCCCCCUCCGCCGCCGCCACGAGCCUUCCGAGUCCCGAUGCCAUCCUCCUCCUCAUCCAUCUAUGCACAGGUCCAGCGCUGGAUCUUGAAAAACAAGAUUCUCACUGCAGUUAUCGUCAUUACCGUUGGCGGUGCAAUAUACCACGUAAUAAGGCGGAAUUCGAAGAGCAAGAAGCGCAGGGCGAAGCGCGCAAGCAAUGGCGCCAGACUCGAGGUUGUGGUGGUAGCUGGAUCACCAAGUGAGCCCAUCACCAGAUCUAUUGCGCAGGAUCUAGAACGAAGAGGGUUUGUUGUGUACAUUGUAUGCAACACCAUCGAGGAGGAGGUGCUGGUACAAAACGAGUCCCGUCCAGACAUCAAGCCUCUGAUGGUUGAUAUUUUGGAUCCCUCGAGCGCCCGCGCUUCGAUCGACCGCUUCGAAGCACACCUUCGAUCACCACACUCUCCUUUCCAAGGCGCUAAAUCCCACCACUUAACCUUCCGCUCCCUCCUCUUAAUUCCAUCAACAACCUACCCCUCCUCCCCUAUCGCCGCUCUCUCCCCAACAACCGUCUCCGACCUCCUUAACACCCGUCUCUUGACACCGAUCCUGACCCUCCAAUCCUUUCUCCCGCUCCUCCAAAUCCUCCCUCUCUCCCACCCACACUCCAACCCCAACUCCGGGCCCCCAGUCAAGCCCUCAGUGCUGGUCCUCACUCCCUCUAUAAUCUCCUCCCUGAGUCCCGCCUUCCACGCCCCUGAAUCCCUGAUCAAUUCAGCCCUCACAUCAUUAUCAUCCGUCCUAAGCGCCGAGCUCUCGCCCUUAAAGAUCCCAGUAACGCACCUUCAACUCGGAACCUUCGACCUCUCCGCCUUCGCACCACACUCCCGCACCCAUGCCGCCACGUCCUCCGCGCAGCGCGCAGAGACGCUCCAGUGGGAGCACAGCACCCGUCUCGCCUAUGCAAAGAACUACGUUGCCUCCACGUCCGGCUCUUCCUCCCCCUCCGCCUCCUCGCUCUCCAGAGUCGGCAAAGGGAGUUCCCUGCGCGAACUCAACAACGCCGUGUUCGACGCCAUGAUUUAUGGGAAGGGGGGCGUGGUCCGAGUCGGCGUGGGGAGCUCGCUGUAUGGAUUCGUGGGUGCCUGGGUGCCGCGUGGCUUGGUCGGCUGGAUGAUGGGCGUUAGGAGGGUAGACGCGAAGGGGAGUAGAACGGAGUUUGGACGCGGACAGCAGCCGCAGGGGCUGAUUAUGGAUCGGGCUGAAGACGAGGAUGGGAAUGUCAAGGGUUUUGCGACGGGGGACGAGGGGAAGAAGGGGUGCGGAUGUGGUGCUAAGCAUCCCAAGGGGUUUACGCACGAUGAGGAUGGUGGAUAUAUUUCUGUGUAUGGGGAGCAGGACGAUGAGGAAUCGGGGAAGGGGCAUGGAUUUUAG